GCGCGGCGGCCGAGGAUGGGGUGGUGCGGCCGCGGCUCUGGGCCGCCGCCGUCGCGGCUGCUGAUGCUGCUGUCGCUGCUGCUGGCGGUCCGUGGCGCUGGCGCGGCCCCGCGCUCGGCGCUCUACUCGUCCUCCGACCCGCUGACGCUGCUGCGGGCGGACACGGUGCGCCGCACGGUGCUGGGCUCCCGCAGCGCCUGGGCGGUGGAGUUCUUCGCCUCCUGGUGCGGCCACUGCAUCGCCUUCGCCCCGACGUGGAAGGCACUGGCCAACGACGUUAAAGAUUGGAGGCCUGCACUGAAUCUCGCUGCCCUGGACUGUGCUGAGGAGACCAACAGCGCAGUUUGCAGAGAUUUCAACAUCCCUGGCUUCCCGACUGUGAGGUUCUUUAAGGCCUUCUCCAAGACCGGCUCAGGAACCACGCUGUCAGUGGCUGGAGCUGAUGUGCAGACGCUGCGGGAGAGGCUCAUCGAUGCGCUGGAGUCCCACAGUGACACGUGGCCCCCGGCCUGUCCCCCGCUGGAGCCUGCCAGGCUGGAGGAGAUUACUGGAUUCUUUGCAAGAAACAAUGAAGAGUACCUGGCCCUGAUCUUUGAAAAGGAAGGCUCCUACCUGGGUAGAGAGGUGACACUGGACCUCUCGCAGCACCAGGGCAUAGCGGUGCGCAGGGUCCUGAACACGGAGCGUGACGUGGUGAGCAAGUUUGGUGUCACCAGCUUCCCAUCUUGCUACCUGCUGUCUCGGAACGGCUCCUUCUCCCGGGUCCCUGCGCUUACAGAAUCCAGGUCUUUCUACACCACUUACCUGCGGAAGUUUUCCGGGAGCACCAGGGGGGCUGUCCAGACCACAGCUGCGCCAGCCACCACCAGCGCGGUAGCUCCCACCGUGUGGAAAAUUGCAGAUCGCUCCAAGAUCUACAUGGCUGACCUGGAAUCCGCACUGCACUACAUCCUCCGGAUAGAAGUGGGCAAGUUCUCCGUCCUGGAGGGGCAGCGCCUGAUAGCCCUGAAAAAGUUCAUGGCGGUGCUGGCCCAGUACUUCCGCGGCAGGCCCUUAGUCCAGAACUUCCUGCACUCCAUGAACAACUGGCUCAAGAAGCAGCAGAGAAAGAAAAUUCCCUAUGGUUUCUUUAAAAAUGCGCUGGACAGCAGGAAGGAGGGCACUGUGAUCGCGGAGAAGGUGAACUGGGUGGGCUGCCAGGGGAGUGAGCCGCAUUUCCGGGGCUUUCCCUGCUCCCUUUGGAUCCUGUUCCACUUCCUGACCGUGCAGGCAGCUCAGGAAGGCGUAGACCAUUCUCAGGAAACAGCCAAGGCCCAGGAGGUCCUCCAGGCCAUCCGGGGCUACGUCCGCUUCUUCUUUGGCUGCCGAGAGUGCGCUGGCCACUUUGAGCAGAUGGCUGCUGGCUCCAUGCACCGGGUCGGGAGUCUGAACAGUGCCGUCCUUUGGUUCUGGUCCAGCCACAACAAGGUCAAUGCUCGCCUUGCAGGUGCCCCCAGCGAGGACCCCCAGUUCCCCAAGGUGCAGUGGCCGCCCCGUGAGCUCUGUUCCGCCUGCCACAAUGAACUCCGGGGUGCGCCCGUGUGGGACCUGGACAACACCCUCAACUUCUUGAAGACCCACUUCUCCCCAAGCAACAUCAUCCUAGACCUUCCUUCAGCUGGGCCGGGCCCCCGGAGGGGUGCACAGAGGAUGACAGUCAUCCCCAAACAGGUGGAGCUGGAGCUGGCAGCCAGAAAUUUUACCCUGGCCCCUGAGAAGGCUGAGAUCCCCGUGGGCUCAGGGAUAAAGGCCCCUGGAGCCACCAUGCCAGUGGCUGGACUUGGGGCAAAUCACCCCAAGAUGCAGGCUGGCCUCGGUGCGGCCACAGAUGAGCCCGACCCGGGAGCUCCUGAGCAAGUAGUGGAGCUUCACAGGGAUAAGUCGGAGCAGCCAGAGGGGGAGCAGCGCUUGAGCAGGAGAGACACAGGAGCCGUGUUGUUGGCCGAGUUCCUGGCUGGGAGGAACCUCCCCGGAGGCCCUUCAGAGCUGGGGCGAGUGGGCCAUGGCUCCCAGCAGCUGGCGGGCAUCCCUGACGGGGAGCCCGAGGCUGGGGCCGGGCAGGGCCAGGGCCAGUGGCUGCAGGUGCUGGGUGGGAACUUCUCCCACCUGGACAUUAGCCUCUGCGUGGGGCUCUACUCCCUGUCCUUCAUGGGCUUGCUGGCCGUGUACACCUACUUCCGGGCCAGGAUAAAGGCUUUGAAGGGCUAUGCCAGCCUCCCUGCCGCCUGAACUGUCCAACCCGGGAAUGGGGCAGGAUAGGAAGCUGCCGUCCACGGGCUCUUCCAGCCCCUUCUGCCCCCCUCCCCUUGCUCCUUGUCCAGGGACACCCAGCAAAACCAGUUGCUGCGGUGAAACCUCCCCGGGGCUUCUGGAAAGGGGUGAUCCAUCGACAGGGAGAUGUGGACAGAGCCCGGGUUCAUCUGUCAGCACAGGCAAGGGCAGCCUUGGGCAGCGGGGUCGGGAGGCUCCGUCCCCAGCCUCUCAGCGCCAAAUUCCUCUUUUUCAGCUUAUUUGAAGUCCUGCCUCAUUCUCCCCGAAGCUUCAGUGUUUCCCGCUUGGCGUUGGCCCUAAACUGGGGCCAAUGAGGCUGCAGUGUCCAAGGUUUCCCCUCUCCGGAGGAGGGGCCCCGGGACUGGAGUGGACCCCCUCCCUGCUUCCCAGGACUCCGUCCGUCCUGCUGCAAACAGCCCUUUGUGCCAGAGAAGGAAGGACUGCCUAUGGCCCUCUGUGCUUGCCCAUCCUCCAGCCCCUCAGACCCGCCCCCUGCCCCGACCCCCGGGUGGGGUUUGGCUUUGGAAGGGGCUCUGGAAGCUUCUGGAAGUCAUGUUGGUCUCCCAGGUGAGGUCUUUGGGAGGAGAGCCUCUGGCUGGCUCCUUUCCCAAACCUUGGGUACAGGAGGAACACAGGCUGGAGCCGGGGUGUGACGGUACUGGGCUGGGGUGUGGGGUUUAUGGAGGGCUGUCUGGGUCUCUAGUGCCUUAGCUGUGAGAGGGCCAGUGAAGCCUUUGCUCUGAAUGUGCUUUCUGCAUCGGGCUCAACCCAUCUCUCCGAUCUGGGUCUUCUGUCUUUUGAUUUUAGUCUCCAAAAUAGAUGCUAAUCUAUGACUGUGGGGGAUCUGGAGCGAGGAGAGCGCCGUCCCUCUUGAGGGUCACCUCCCAUCAUGUAGAGGUUAAAAGGGUCAUAGGGGAGGGUGACGCUGUCCGGAGGCUCGAUUCCCACUCCCCUCCACUGUUAGCGGGGGCUGUGGAAUAAAUUAUUUUGUUAAGGCAA